AUGGCCGACACUCGAAAGCCAGCCGAAGCAGGCCCGGCAAGACACUCUCACGGCGCACCAUCAGCUUCGUUCCGUGCGUCAACCCACAACUCGCCACGGACGUGGUUUCUCACAUCCUCGCUAUCACCGCUAUGUAUACGGUUGAUCCGGUUAUUACUAGCACACGGUGACUACGUGGUGGCCUGUCUACCACCGGCAGAAAUCGAAAACGACGACAGAAGCGCCGAGUUCCGUGAGCUCAUCAACGAAUGCAAGAGCAACCGCAAAGACCGCGAAGGAUGGAAAGAUCGAAUCAGGGGUAUCCGGUGCGACGGCCGGGUAAUGGGGCAGAGUGGUGCUGCCAUAGCGGAAGCCGUCCAAGUCUUUGGCCGAAUUGAUAUCUUGCUAUGUUCUGUCAUCGGCACGGUAGAAGAACUCUCCACCACCCCCCGGACCCGCAACCUCGUCCGCGACCAGUUUGAAACUAUCUUCUUCUCCCAAGUCAACUUUAUCAAAGCCGCCCUUCCCCAGUUCCGCGCUCAGCACACAGGUCACAUCAUCAUUCUCACUAGCAUCGGCGGGCAUAUCGGUACCCCGGGCAUGUCGAUCUACACCGCCGCCACCUGGGCCCUCGAAGGCUACUGCGACUCCUUGGCCUACGAAAUCGCCCCCUUCAACAUCAAGGUCACUGUUGUCCAACCCAACAAGGAGAUCCAAUCCCUCACCAACAAGAUCGUCUUCGCGCCUCAGCUACCGUACUAUGACUCUGAUGUGAACCCAGCACCGUCGGUGAGGGAGAUCUACGGGAAUAUGCUGAACGCCAACCCAGAGACGGCGAUUGAUCACCUCGUGGGAGCGGAGGAGAGGCCGGAUGAUAUACAAUAUCGGUAUCCUAAACUGCCGGCGGCGGCGUAUGACAAGCUGGUGAUGGAGACGGUGCAUGCCUUGACGGCCAUUGGGGGGCAUGAGAACCCGCCGGCGAGGCAUAUUGUUGGGUUUGACGGGGCGAUUGCUGUGAAGGAGAAGUUGAAGACGGUGACGGAGGAGUUGGAGGAUUUUGUGGAGGCGAGCGUGGCGGUGGAUAUUUUUGAUAGUGAGCUGAAGAAGGAAGCGAGGCAAGGGGGGGAAAAUAGGGAGGGGGGAGGGGGUGGGCAGGGGAGGUAUAUGAGCGAGGAUGUGCAGAUAGGGAUGAUGUGA